AUGCACAUUGGAUCAAUGCUAGGAAGCAUCACCCUUGGCCUCGCCAUCGCCACCGCGUCGGCUGUAGCUGCCACCGACAACGCCACCCCCAAGGUAACCUCUGUCGAUCCUUCCUCCUCUCGCAUCGACUCAGCGACAACUCCUCCCACCACCUACAACGCAGCCUCUGGCUCCCUCUCCCACCCACCCCAGUCCGAUGGACGCCACGACAUCCGCUUCACCCUCCUCGGCUGCCCCUCCACCGUCCGACCCAAGAUCUCUGGCACAUCCGGCAGCAAAGGAACCUUCACCCCCUCCCCACCCGGAAGCAUCAUCGUCCCCUCCGACUUCGUCGGUUCCGUCUAUCUCACCGGCGAAGGUUGCGGAAAGUACGGCGACAACUGUCAGUCGGUCGAUCUGACGUUCGAACCGAACCCGAGCAAGACGGUGAGGAGCUAUGUGAAUCUGGAUGCCAUGUAUGGGAAGAGGUUCUUGUUCCCGGUCAAGGCCAGGUUCGAUGACAGUGAGGGUAAGCGGGAUGCAGAGGUGAUUGAAUGCGGCGAUUACGAUUGUGUUGAUGGAAGUAGGGAUCCGGAUGAUUUCAUCUCGAACAGGAUCUACUCGAGCACCAAAGGUGUCGGAGUGGAGAUCGUGUAUGAUUGCAGGGCAAACACUACCUCGACGACUGACUAG